UCGCCGGACCGGAUGUUGAUAUUGAGUCUGCGGGAACAGCUGAGAGGGAACAACAAAGCAGCAGCUACGCUGAUAAGCGGACAGAAGAACGAGUUAGGGGACACGUCGCUAACGGUGGUGUUUGCCGAAGAGAAAUAAAUACUCGAAAGUGCCAAACCCCGGCAAGAAAUAAAGCAUAAAAAGCCAAGAAUCCCUCCUUAAAAAUCAGGCGGAGAGGGACAUCCGGACCAAACAGAAAGCAAUGGGGCGGAUCUUCUUGGACCACAUCGGCGGAACGCGCCUCUUCUCCUGUGCCAACUGUGACACGAUCCUGACCAACCGAUCUGAGCUCAUCUCCACACGCUUCACUGGAGCCACGGGCCGCGCCUUCCUCUUUAACAAGGUGGUGAACCUGCAGUACAGCGAGGUGCAGGACCGUGUCAUGCUGACAGGCCGGCACAUGGUGCGUGAUGUCAGUUGCAAGAAUUGCAACAGCAAGCUGGGCUGGAUCUAUGAGUUUGCCACGGAAGACAGCCAGCGCUACAAGGAGGGCCGUGUCAUUCUGGAGAGGGCGCUGGUCCGGGAAAGCGAGGGCUUUGAGGAGCACGUCCCCUCUGAUAAUUCCUGAGUUUGACCCCCCUACCUACCGUCAUCGCCGAAGCAACCCUCACACUCUCAGAAAUCACUGCCACUUAGCUCAGUUGCCCCAGCCUCACUGCAGUAUCCUGCUGCCUCUCCCCUCCCUCUCCCACCAUCUUCUGGCCAACCAGAGACUCAAACUGGCCCCAGCCUAGUAGCUCUCUUAGCUGCAUAUAAGCACCAGCAUGCUGUACCUGCAUGUGUGUCCGGUACAGCAUUAUCAGACACGCUCAUGUACACUCAGGCCACCGCUCUGGAACUGGUUAUAUGCACAGCACAUCCACACAAGGUCACAAGAUGCUCUUGGCAGAUAAGAGAACAUGACUUGCACAUCCAUCUGCACUGGUGUCCUGCUGUUUUUGUAUGACUGACACUGCGUUUACACUUAUUCUGUUCUCCAGCCUCUCGUAGACAGUGGGGUGAAGUGAGGCACGGGUGAUUCAGUUGGCUGUUUUGUCUUCGUUUUGGCCUGUGUCCCCCCCAGUUCUUCCACUUAUUCUUACAACCUUUCAAUUGAAGGUCAUGUUUUGCGUUGUGAUGUUGUUUCAAAGCUGAAAGUGUAAGAUGUGUUAGAAAGGGGUUUGGUGACAAGGUCACAUCAUUUACAAGGAUGUAUGAAAGAGCAGCUACAGGUAAAAGUGGGAUGAUUCAGAGCUGGUGUCUACUCUCAUAUCAGUGAGGACCUCCCCUUUUCUGUUUACUCCGCUCCUGGAAUUACACGGCCGGACCCACGUGCAUAGCCCGCGAGAGGCUGAACUCUGGAGCACAUUGCAGAUCGCAUUGCAUGCUGUGGCCCACUGUCUCUCAGAAAAAGAAAGGUUCUGUUUAUCAGGUAAUUCAGUUGAAAUUGCUUAGAAAUGUAAAUGAAAAUGAAAAGAGAAAAUUCUUAGUCUUCACUUCACUGAGUGAAUGGAUAUCCCUUUCAAGCCACUGUGUGCAGAAACUGGUACUGAAAUCCUCCCUGUUCCUCUUAGUCUCGCUUAACCAGCAUUGGGAAGUUUGUCCUUUCCAUGAGGGUCUGUCUGAGAGAUGCAUUUCAGCAGCAUGGCACCUGUGCCCGCACAUGACUGGGACCAGCCUUUCCAGUAAGGUAACAGCUGCGGCAUGCCUGUGGGUUUGGAGGACAGGUCUUUGCUGUUAGUCUCCCGAUCACGUUUGGAUUGAAAAUGGGGGCCUCCAGCUCAUUCUCUGAAUGCAGCGUGCUCACUUCAUGCAGCCCAUUGUACUGCUGUGGACACAAGGCAUUCGUAUUACCUUAUUUUAAUAAUUGUGAUUAUUAGUGGUGUCUUAUUUUUCUUUGCCAAGUUUUGUUCUGUAGUGAUUUUAUCAAUAAAUUGAAUAGUCUUGCUGAAAGAACAGCAGGUGCUUUCGUUUUAUGUUCUGUGGAGUUUUGCAUGGUUGUGCUCCUUGGUCAGGUAUGAGAAUGGGCACAUGGUCCAGUAGAAUGAAAUCAGUCUAUACUCUGAGACGAUGCAUUUCCCCACACUGGAUGCACUGAUGACAUUUCAUAGUGUUUGUGUAUCUGUCAGAGUGUUUUCAAACGCAGAAGUGAAGUGACUCUUGGGACCUCAAUCACAUAGUUGGAUUUUUGGGUUAGCAUGAUAACUUAAAUCUGUGAGUGAGUCUGGGCCAAAUGGAAGUGAACAAAGAUGAGGUCCAUUUUCACUGGGAUACCUUAAUUCCAGAAAGGUAACUGGUGAGCCAACAAAUAUCGCCCCUGUUCCCUCUAUGCACAGCUUUUGUUUCCGCAGUUAGUGCAUUUGUGAAUGAGAGCGUCCUCAUAAAAUGGGGUUGGAUUUCUCCAAAAUGAAAAUGCUCGUGGUUCGUGGGUUAGCAGCUCUGCUGGCUGUGAUUAAAAAGGUGCAAGUUCAAAACCCAGGAUUGGCGGAAUGAUUUCACUGGACCCUAAACUUCCAAUUUCUACAGGGACUUUUGCAUAAAUAUAAAGGGGUGUUUCAUAUUCCAUCUGUCACGAAUCCUGAUUACAGUCACUGGCUGUUUUACGGCAACUGGCCUGUCUUGUGUUUAAAAAGGUCGUAUUUUCCUACAGUGGUAAAUAAUGCAAGUCUCACCAUAUUCAAAUUACUGCAAAGCAACCACUCUCUCUCUGCUCCGCAUGCUUAACAUUUGGUUUUAAAUUUGACAGUUAAAAAAAGUAUCCAGCAGAUGGCGACAGAAGUUAGCAACAAGAUUUGUUAAGCGCGUAUUUAAUUGCUGAAUAAUUCUUUAAAGUAAUUAAACCUUUUGAUUGAGAUCACUUUUGUACUCUGCACACUCAAUAUGCAAUUCUCCAAUAUGAGGUAUGACUAAGGGCAAUAAAAGCACAUGGCCUGUGUCUUUUUUUGUAGUUCUUAUCUGGGUGCAAACUUCAAUACAAAGUGCUGUGAAGUCUUACGAAAUCUAUUAAACAAUCCACAUUCACUUUAAAGAAACACUAACACUGCAACUGCCAGACACCAUAACUCUUAUCAGCCAUUGAAUGGCAGUUUUUUCACUGCAUGUGUGUGUUUUUACAGCCAUAGUUAUCAUAUGCACACUGUGACAUUGAAACAGUUGGAGGCUGCCCCCCCUUUUGAGUCUCAAUCCUCCCAAGGUUUCUUCCUACUUAUGAGUUUUUCCUCACCAUUGUCACCUGUGGCUUGUUCUCUGGGUGCACUGGGCAGGAACAAUGUAAAGGGCUUUGAGACAAUGUGAUGUAAAAAAAUAAUGUGCUAUAUAAAUAAAUUUGAAUUAUAUUGAA